AGGAGCCGCCGGCCGGGCCGGGCCGGGCCGGGCCGGGCCGGGCUCCGCGGCGGCCUCGGGGCCGGUGGUGUCGGGGCGGAGGAGCGGCUCCGCGGCGCCUCGCCAUGUCUCAGGCCACUUACAAUAAGGUGUGGACAGAUGCCCAGAAAGAACUCGACAUCCAGCUCCAGAGAGAAAGAGAAGAGUUCCUCCAGCCAGAGAAGGACCCCGUGAAAGUAUUCAAGAUGUUAGUCACCUCCUACAUCAAAUACAUGCAAAUCUUCCGUAACUUGGAGACGGCCCACGACCAGCUCGUUCACCGGCAGAAACGGACGGUGAUUCGGCAAGUGCUGGAUGGUGUGAUGGGCCGGAUCCUGGAGAUGAAAAAAGAGAUGGUGAGGCUGGAGAACUCGGAGUUUCAUUACAUUGAUAACAUCCUGGAAGAUCUAAAGCUUCUCCCGGAAGACAUAGAAAUACCUAUCCCAAGGUAUUUCAUUAAAGAAAAUGUGGAAGUCCUGCAGCAGAGGGAAAAAAUCCUUGACCAGAUUUUGCUAAAUGCUGGAUUGCAAACACAGAAACCUCUCAAGGCCAUGACAUUUGAAGAAGCCAUUAAAGUGAUCCAAGUUGCAGAACGGGCUCGCCAAGGCCGCUGUCGAGCAGCAUUCAUGAAGCAAAUUUACCUUGAAGAGAGGAGUGAAAGACAAACUAAGGUUCAGGACCAGAUGGGUCCAAACCCAGAUGAUGCUGCCACUUGCAUUCAAAAGGUUUGGCGUGGAUAUAUCCAGCGCAAGAAAACAGAGAAAAUGAGAGAAGAGGAAAUGAUAUUUCUGGGGAUGAGCCUACCUCCUCACUUAAAGGCAACCAGUAUUUUGCAGAUGCAUGCUGGACAAAUAAAUGCCCUGCAAGGUGAGGUCCAGGAGAGGCAAGAGGACGUAUUCAUCAAGGACAAGCUGAGAGAAAUGGAGGGGCUCAGCAUCAAGGAAACUCUCCAGGAUCAGAUCGGCCAGUGUUUCAUCGAGUGCCGGCAUAUCAUAGGCAAGUUUCCUGACUAUCCCACGGAGGAGGCUGGAGGUUCAGUGGCUAUUCUUUCUCAAAAAACUCCGGAGCAGGUUGCUGCGGAACUGGCUGCCAAAAAGAAGAUGGCUUUGCAGAAAAAAGCCCAAAAAGAGAAAAAAGGAAAAGAAGUGAAGGAAAAAACAAAAGGAAAAAACCCACAGAAAACAGGAAAUAAAGAAGAGGAGGAAGGCUGGAAAAUGGCUCCCAGUAAUUUCCUUUCAAUAAUGGAGGAAGGAAACAGUCAAUACAAAGCCAUUUGGCAGAAGAGAGAUGAGGGAUGGGAUUUUCUCCAGGAUCAUGACCCGGAGCUGAUCAAAGAAGAGAAACGGGAAGAAGUGGAGGAAGAGAUCAGAGUGCAGGUUGAUGAAUUGAUGCAACAGAAACUGGAGAACCUCAAACUGGCUGUGGAUAAAGAGAGGAGUGACAAACAGAAAAAAGGAAGUAAAAGUGAAAAGAAAAAAAAGACAACCAUGAGGAAAAAGAUACCCGAGAUGGAAGAAGAUCUAACUCCUGACAGGACCAUCGAUUCUCUGUACAAGGAGCUAGUGGAAGAAGGAUUACUAAUAAAAGCCAAGACCGUGAAUCUCUCCGAUUAUGUUGGCGAGUACAGCUAUCUGGGGACCAUACUUCGUCAGGCAGAUAUAGAACCAAUGCCCUCUCUUGCAGAUGUCAGGCAGCUAAUAGCGCUGUAUGGAAUACUGCCAUUAGGUUCCCAAACCGUGCAUGAGAAAGCUCCUUUGGUGAAAGCCUUGUUACUAGCUGGACCUGCUGGUGUUGGAAAGAAAAUGUUGGUCCAUGCCAUCUGCACAGAAACAGGAGCCAACCUCUUCAACCUAUCUGCUUCCAACAUUGCUGGGAAAUAUCCAGGCAAGAACGGCCUGCAAAUGAUGCUUCACAUGGUUCUCAAGGUGGCUAAGCAAUUGCAGCCUUCAGUCGUGUGGAUUGGAGAGACAGAAAAAAUAUUUUCUAAAGCAGUGCCGAAGGCUGAAGAGAUGAACCCAAAACGACUGCAAAAGAUCCUCCCCAAAUUCCUCAAGGCUUUGAAAGCACAGGACAGAGUGCUGCUAGUGGGAACCACCAACCGUCCCUUUGAUGCUAAUCUUAAACCUUUCUGCAAAUUUUACCAAAAAAUCAUUCUGAUUCCUAGGCCUGACUACGCUUCAAGAUUUGUGUUGUGGAAACACAUCAUCCUGCAGAAUGGUGGAGAGAUCACCAACUUGCUGAACAUAAGCUGCCUAGCAAAGGUGUCCGAUGGUUUCACCCAGGGACACAUUGUCCUGGCAGUGCAAGCUGUCCUGACCGAGCUACGGCUCCUGCAGAUGAGGAGGAAGCCACUGAGGACUGCCGAGUUCACGACAGCUCUGGCCAGACAGGACCCUGUGUACAAAGAGGAGGAAGAAACGUUUAAGGUUUGGUAUGCCAAGACACCGCUGGGCGGAGCACGAAUCAGAGCACUGGCAGGCAGUAAGAAAGCAGGAAAAGGAAAAACAAAUAAAGGAAAAGGGAAAAAGUAACUUCCUCAAGAACUUUGCAUCUGGGGAUACCAGUCACAGCUCUGCUUCCCUGAAAAGGGGAAGACGUUAGGGAAGCAGACACAUCAGAAUAACGCACCUCAAGUUAGAGAUAUUCCAGGAAAGAGAAUUCCUUUCUGAAUGAAUUUUUAAAAGUUUAAAAAAAUCAGAUGAGACAUCAAUGUGACAUGUAGCUCUCAGAGGAUAAAGAGUUAAUGACCACUGACUUGCUCAAGCAUUAUUUAUUCUAAGAGGUUUUAGGGGGCAGAAGGGUUCAUUACUCAGGACUGUAACAUGCCAUCAACUUUUAGGCUAUACUCAUUUAUUUCAGCAAGUAACUCGCCUUAAAAAUUGAUGUCACAUUAAUGUCUUUCAUUACUUUAAUAUCCUAUAUGCUUUAUAAAACUAACUGCUUUAUAUAUCUGUAGGUCUAAUGUGUUACAGUUCUCAAUAAAACUAUUACAGCUAUAAAGACUGCUUUUUAAUUGGGAUGGAUUAUAAGGCACUUAAUGCAAUCUACCACAAGCUGAAUAUUUACAUAGCCGCAUGAGGACCAACACUGUUUCACCUUUUCAUGCUUUAUCAUGGACAAACUCAUAUAUGUGGAUGUUAGCAGAAACCAUUAAUAAGCAGAACAGAAGCAAAAGCAAAGCAGUCAGGUGGUCUUCAUUUUGGUGGAUGUCCUGAGAAUCUACUUUGCAAUAGAAAACAAUGCCCAAUUACCUCGUUUGCACAAAUAGCAAUAUAUCUGUUGGUAAAAAAAAAAAAAAACCUGUAUGUAGCAGAACAGCAGCUGCAAUGGCAAUCUGGAAUAGGCCUGUUGAGCUUUCUAAAAGGUUGUUUCAUGCUGUGUUAAAACCCAACCCACCCAGACCUGCUUCAGCUUCUUCUAAAUCCAGUCCUGCAAGCUCCCGUUUAAGCAGCCCACUGGUGAAAGUCUGCCCCAUCGCAUUCAGACCCCGUAC